CAACGGUUCUACGCCGCUUCUGCAGGUGGUGCUAGGUACCCUGUGGAGGAGAGCUACCGUCAAAAAUCCUUACAUCUAUCUCCUCUUUAACGGCGUCCCGUCUUAAAAUACGAUAAGCUCGCUGCCGUGCCUUGCAGACCGGAUACCCUCUCUCGUCACUUUUUGUUCCGAAAACUCGUUCCCAUGUACGGGCGGCCUGGGUAAAUACCUACAUACACUGUUCUCGCCGAAAAGUUGUAUACUUCCCUACUGGAUCUGGUUACACGGCUUUCCUAGGCACUGCACAUAACCUACCUAUACAUACCUACCUUACUAAAGCAUAGAUAAGUUUAGUAUAUCGACUAGUACUUAGACGAGACCCGCCUAUACUUGUCUUCGCUGUAGAGAGGUGUGUGUGUGUGUGUGCGUGUGUGUGGGCGGCCCUGUUGGAACUUGGAAGAGAUGUCGCCGUCGUCGACAGGUGACUCGCCUCUCUCCGCCGGCGCAGCAAGCAACUCGGGACGGCCCUACCCUCUACCCUCCAGGGACACGUUCUCAAUUGAGAUACCGUCGCCGCAGCUGAACCCGGCGACCAACGGCGGCUCGUCAGCGCUCAAGUCCCCGACGGCCCUGAAGGCCCAGCGCACCAGUUUCAGCCGCGAAGGAAUAUUGGGCUCGGCGCAGAAGGCGCGGAAUCUCUCGCAGACUUCCGAGUUUCGAUCCGACCAGAUCACCAAUGGUAUGCAGAAGGCGUCGAGCGACGAGGGAGCGAACCCACUCAAGAGGAGGAAUACGGACGCAACGAUUGAUUACCCCCGAAGGCGAGCCACGAUAGCGUGCGAGGUCUGCCGUUCUCGGAAAUCGAGAUGUGACGGCACCAAACCGAAGUGCAAGCUCUGCACAGAACUAGGCGCCGAGUGCAUAUACCGCGAGCCCGGGAUCAAGCUUGAUGCUGGCGACAAGCUUAUCCUAGAGAGGCUGAACCGCAUCGAGAGUCUUCUGCAGAUCAACCUGGCGAACGGCCACCCGAAUGCCAUACAAAUUGCGCACGACUCCCCUCCCAUAAGCAACGGGACCGCGCUUAGCGGCGAUAAUGUGAUGAUCCAGAACUCAUCCGGAAGCUUCGUCUCGAUAAUACCGAGCGGCGGUCUAGGGACAUGGACGAGCCACACCCAGGGAACUAACAUUUCGACGAUGCCCAAGGUGCACACGAACGCCGCAUUACAUCUACUCCAAUGGCCGCUGAUCCGCGACUUGAUCGGUCGCCCCUACGACCCGCAGAUUAUCCUUCAGCUCGAGAUGGCGCGGGAGCCGCUUCACUCCUUGGCCAAGACCCCUUGUGUCGAUCUGUCGAAUACUAACGCUUACAUCGAGGCUUACUUCGAUAGGGUGAACGUGUGGUACGCCUGCGUCAACCCCUUUACGUGGCGGAGCCACUACCGCAUGGCGCUCUCCACCGGCUUUCGCGAAGGCCCGGAAAGCUGCAUCGUGCUACUAGUGCUGGCGCUGGGACAGGCAAGCCUGCGCGGCAGUAUAUCGCGGAUCGUGCCCCAGGAAGACCCCCCGGGCUUGCAGUACUUUACGGCGGCGUGGUCACUCUUACCGGGGAUGAUGACUGCCAACAGCGUGCUGGCCGCCCAAUGCCACUUACUAGCUGCCGCCUAUCUAUUCUACCUAGUGCGGCCGCUCGAGGCCUGGAACUUGCUCUGCACCGUGAGCAGCAAGCUGCAGCUCCUGCUCAUGACGCCGACGCGCGUGCCCGAGGACCAGCGCGAACUACUAGAGCGCAUCUACUGGAACGCUCUUCUGUUCGAGAGCGACCUCCUCGCGGAACUCGACCUGCCCCAUUCCGGCGUCGUGCAAUUUGAGGAGAACGUCGGCCUGCCGGGCGGCUUCCAGGGCGAGGAGUCCGAAGCGGUGGGCCGGGACGACCUCUGGUACUUCCUCGCGGAGAUCGCGCUCAGACGGCUGCUGAACCGCGUGAGCCAGCUGAUCUACUCGAAGGACUCGAUGGCGUCGACGACGAGCCUGGAGCCGGUGGUGGCGGAGCUGGACUUCCAGCUGACGCAGUGGUACGAGAGCCUCCCGCUGGCGCUGCAGUUCCCGUUCACCCGCUCGACGCUGCCGGAUCCGGUGCAAACGGUGCUGCGGUUACGGUUCUUCGCGUGCCGCACCAUCAUCUACCGUCCGUACAUCUUGGCGGUGCUCGACAACGAGCAGGCCGUUUUGGACCCCUCGGUGCGGGAGAGCUGCCACAAGUGCCUCGAGGCCUCAAUCAGGCAAUUGGAGCAUAUAGCUGCACAUCACGCCGGCCACAUGCCGUACCUCUGGCAAGGUGCUCUCUCUAUCGUGUCACAGACGUUAUUAGUCAUGGGGGCUACCAUGUCACCAUCGCUAUCUAACAUCCUGUUGACGCUGGUCCCUCACCGCGAAGUCAUCGACCAGAUCAUCAAUGAUGUAAUAAUGGACAUCGAGAAGAUGGCCAUACUGGCGCCCAGUCUUAGCCUGGCUGCCGAGAUCAUCAAGGAAGCCGAGGUCCGCAGGAGAACAUUUCUAAACGGUUGAUGAUGAGCUUCACUGGAAAUAAAAAGAAUGACGCAUUUCUCUCAACUACUACCUAGGUAUAGGUAUGAUGCACUAUACUAUACUAUACUAUGUGGACUGGACGGGCAUCACAUCACCGGUCCGAAUGCUUCAAAAGGACCCCCCUUCCCAACGAUGUUCGGAUGCCCGUAUUCCUAACCCGAAAAGAAAGAAAGAAAAAUAACGUCAUGCGACUCAACUAACCUACCUACAUGGGGGAACUGCUAGCCUUUGUAACGAUGUCAUAUCUACCCGUUUGUCUGGGCCAGCCUGUUCGCGUAUCUAGGAACGGGUUGCAGGGAAAGGCAACUUGCUUGCAGGAAAAAAAAAAAGAUUGCACCCGCUUUCUUUCUACCUACUCACUCAACCAACUUCUCGGCUAUGCUUAAAAAAAUGAAUGGCGGCGUCUCUUUAUUUGCACGAAGGGACUUCUCCCGGACCCUACCUUGCAGCGCAUGCGAUACUACGCUCUCGCUUCUCAAUCGGGAGAGGGAGGAAAAAAAAAGGGGGGAAGUGAGUGAGUUGAAGAGAGAGGGAGGGUUUUUUUUUUUUUUUUUUUUUUU